GGCGACCUGAAGCGAGCUAACCCGCCGUGUGCAGCCUCAGCUCCCCGGUCCUCCGCUGCACGGACUCGGCUCAAAGCGCGCUCUGUUGUCGCAGAAAAUCUUUUCCCCCCUCGUUUGGAUUUUUGGCUUGUAGUCGGAUGCGGACUGCUUGUUUUGACUGCAGUAACAGAGCUGCUCCCCAUCCUCCUCCUUCUUCUCCUUCUUCUUCUUCCUCUCCUCCUCUUCCUCCUCCUCCCCUCCUUCCAGCCGAGUAGCGGAUUUGCGAGGGAUCUCAGCGCCGACUCACCAGCGAUCCCGCAAGGCACCGGGACACGCUCUCUGCACCGCUGCGGCUCUCCGGCUGCUCCCGCCUGCAGGAGACCCCGAUCGGUUCUCCUUUCUGGCAAAACCUGGACACGACCGCCAAGUUUCCUGCUGGAUUCUUCUUCUUCUUUCUUUUUUUUUCUUAAUCUCUAUUUUUUUUUUUGCAACCUUGAUUCUCAUCGGAUCGCCCGCAAGUCCUAUUUCCCCCCUCGCUCCUCUCUUUCCAAAGCGCUGUUGACGCCAUUUUCCCCGGGGUUUUCUGUCAGAGAAAAAUCCAUCCACAUUUACUCCCCGGCACCGUUUGACAGCUCCCCGGGAGGCUGUCAUCCCAUCCGUCGCUUGUGUAAAAAACGUGUCUUGGCUAAAUGGAUUGUAAAUGAUCUUGAUGAAAUAUUCACACGUUAGAGCCGACUGUGUGACAACAUUAGACAUGGAUUGUCCCUGGCUUCGCUGCGUUCCUGCGGGACAACAGACGCAAUCCCAGUAGCUGACUGACAGCAGCAAGCAGCCCACCAGACCCCUGCGCUGAAUCUUCCCAUUGGCCGACUGCCAGAGCUUCGCCCACCCCAUCCUGACUGGCUCUGGCGGGAGCGUGGAUGGAGCCGAGGGACCUGGUUGGCUCAGCCCGACCCAAAGAGGCGGACCUUCGGGGAGGCAGGGCAGGGCCCAGCGAGGAGCAUCAACUGGCGGCGGGAGGCGCCGGGCCGGUGCACGGCGAUGACGUGAUUAACGGCACUGCCAGUGAGGGGGAGGGGCUGGAGGAGCAAGGGGAGGGGCUUAUUGAGGAGCAGGAGUUCUCCAUCAAGGAAGCGAGUUUCCAGGAGGGAAGUCUCAAAUUGAAGAUCCAGACCACCAAGCGCACCAAGAAGCCGCCCAAGAGCCUCGAGAACUAUAUUUGCCCGCCAGAGAUCAGGAUGACCAUCCGACCUCCGGCUGGAGAGGGCAAAGGGGGGCGACAAGGGCGGACAGGAGGCGGGGCAGGAGCAGGGCGGGGCCCCAAGGACGAAGAACGAGGUCCCCCGAGAAAAAGGACUUACGAGCGCCAGUUCAAAAUGCCUGACCAGAGAGAGGGGGGUCUUCUGCAGCUACUGGGUGAUCCCGCUCCACCCAAACACCAGCCGCGCGGCACCCUUCUCUCCAACACCCAGCAAACGCAGCAUGGCCUCACUCAUAAGUUCCAGCACAGUCACAUGCAGCAGCACCAAAUCGGUCCGGAUUGGAUCACGUCUGCGGCAGCUUUUUCCUCGCCGGGCCAACCGGCUGGCAUAGAGUCACCCGGAGACUUGGUGGGAGGGAGCAGGGGCUCAUCGCUCGACUUGUCGCAGCCUUACUCCCGGGUGGCGACUUCAAGCCCGUCUCCCCAGAGAUCCAUGACUCCGGAGCUGCAGCUACCAGUGGUCACAGACGCCAGCAUUCUCAACCUCACCUCACUGAGCAGGGGAAAGGGUUUGCAGGAGGUCAGUGAACAGCUCUUUGGAAACAUCAAGAGGAAGUAUGGAAGGAAAGACUCUCAGAGGAUGUUCACGAACCCCCAGAGCGCUGAUGCACCUUGGGGAAGGCAGUCGGAAAGGGAGUCGGAGAGCCCUGCUAGCUCUGAAGAGAGGCAGAGAUACAGGCAAGAGGGGACUGCUGAGCAGUUCCAGGAAGCAAGGGAGGAACGAAGGAAAGACGAGCGAGAGCAAGCAAACAUCGGGAGGAGAGGCGAUGAAGAAGAGAGAGGAAUGCCUGUGCAGGCGGAGGACGGGAAAGGAAGAAAAAGGCGGAGGAGGCCUUCAUUUGAUGAGUCGUUUUCCAUGGAGGAGCGGUCCCAGCAGCAGACUCUGGAUACUCCAGAGAAGCCCCCGGCCGGACCCCCAGAACCUAAAAUAGCGCACAAGAUAGAGGCCCACAAAAACGAUUCUCGACUUUCAAGUCAGAGGGACGGCAGUGGAGAGAGGGUAGAAAAGGCAGAAAAAGCUGAUAGGAGGGAUAAAGCAGAGAGGGCAGAAAGAGGAGAGGCAGCAACGUGCGGACCUGACCAGGAAACCGAUCUGAGCUCCAACAGGGUGAAGAAAAACCCGGUGGGCCGACCCAAGAGCCUCACAGAUUCCUUGAAACUCAGAGAGGCAACAUACAAUCAGAUCAACAAACCCAGUCUUGGCAUGAACCCCAGACUCCCCAGCCCCAGCUCUAGAGUUAGCUUGAGUCCGACAUCCAGCCCUAAAUCCAGGAUUAAUAUCAGUCCAAGUCCAAGUCCCAGACCCAGGAUGGACCUGAGUCCCAGUCCCAGUACUGGGAGCAGCCCUGCAGCCACUUCCAGGCCAACCAAGGCCAAUGAAAGGUGGUCCUACCUGAAAGCAAAGAGUCAUACGAGUCUCACCUCCCCUCAGAGAGACAACCUGGGCAGCCCCUCUGCUCUGUCAGAUCCACCCUCCGCCUUCCCAAUCACCCCCUCCAGUCCGCUCUACACCAACACCGACAGCCUGACUGUCCACGCCCCCAUCAAGAGGAAGCGUGGACGUCCCAAGAAGCAACCACUCCUGACCGUCGAGACGAUUCAUGAGGGCACGUCCACCUCACCUCUGAGCCCGCUGGCGAAGGAAUCAAACCCGGGGAUAAGCCGCAGGAGAAAGAUGCACACGCUGAACCCGCUGGUGCACGCGGCGUCCUCAUCUCCCAGCGACGGUUUCAACAGUCUGAAGGUAAAGCGAGGCAGAGGUCAUCCCAGGGCGAUGAUCAAAACCAAGCUUGGGAAAAUGCAGAGCAUCCUGAAUGAGAUCCUCUCUGGAUCCAGUCAGAACGGCUCCCUGGCUCUGAAGUCGGCUUCUGCUCCAGUUACCUCAGCCAUGAGCGCCAUGGCGACGACCAUCGAAGCUCGAUUGGGUAAGCAGAUUAAUGUCAGCAAGAGAGGAACCAUCUACAUCGGUAAGAAGCGAGGGCGCAAGCCCAGAGCGGAGACCCAGGGCUCCGUCGCCCUCAAAGCUAGCAGGGACAAGCCCCAGAUGUCUCUGUCCAUGUGCAGUUUUUACGACAGCCCUGCAGUGCCUUCCACCAACUCGUCUCCCAGCUCAUGCGCUCCGUCACUGAGAGCCAGCAACACAGACGCCACCAUGCCAAGUUUGCAGCCUAUCUCAGCCCUGCCCACGAAACCGCCAGGAAGAGGAUUUCUCUCUGGCGGCUGGAAACUUUCUCCCCCUCGCCUCCUGGCUAACUCGCCCUCCCACCUGUCAGAGGGGGCGUCGGUGAAGGAGGUGACCCUGUCCCCCAUCAGCGAGUCCCACAGCGAGGAGACUAUCCCCAGUGACAGUGGGAUUGGGACAGACAACAACAGCACUUCUGAUCAAACCGAAAAGGGUCCUGCCUCUCGGCGCAGGUACUCGUUUGAUCUUUGUGGGUUCGAGUCCCCAGAGGCCGCUGCUCUGGACACGUCCACCAGGGGGAGCAGACCGCGCUGUGAACGAAAGGUUACUGCCGUGGACAGCUAUCUGUCACAGCAGGAAAAGAAACAGAAACAUCACCGGAGGAAGAGGAAAUGCCUGCAGACUCGGGACCAUCUUCACUUUCUGUCUGAACUGGAAGAGGUUGUGUUAAAGUUCCAGCAGCUGCGGGUUUCUCACAGGCUGUACACCUGCUACCCUCAGCAUCCGUACCCGUCUAUCUUCCGGCUGAAUUUUCACCAUUACUACCCGCUCAGCUACGACUCCUAUGCCUGCGACUCCGGCUCGUACCUGCGCAGGAGUGCAGAUCUGAAGGCCAAACGGAGGCGUGGUCGACCGGCCAAAGCCGGCGAACCAAUCACAUCCAAGCUGCCGUUUGUCCCCGGAUAUGGCUAUGCGCUAGGAGGGGGGAAUUACUAUGCAGCGCCGUAUGCGAUGCCUUAUGCACCUCCUCUGAAUCUCGGCUACUUCCCCCCGACGCCACCGUUUUACCUGCCACACCACUCGCUUGGCCCUGCACCCCCAUCUCCUUUCAUGAGGCCCGCUGUCCCACCGCCAAAGGCCUUCCUCUCGAGUGGGCACCCCAAACUGCAGGUGGGGGCGAAGAUCCGCAGUGCCAGUGGCCCACUGCAGGGCCCCACUGUGAGAUCGGAGGCUCUGGGCUCCCUGAGCAGCGGCAGUGCAGGCAGUAUGGCCGGCGUCCGCCUUCAUAAGAGAAAGCACAAACACAAGCACAAGCACAAGGACGAGCCUCUCCUUUUCCCGCGGGACCGCCAGGAGUUGGGCGGACUUUUCAGCGGCGCCAAGACCAACGUGCGCCUCGGCAUGCUGAGCGAGAGGAGGGACUUGGCUGGUCAGGGUUCCUCAAAGCAUCUGGAGAAGCAGAGGGGCAACGCGAGGGGCCCCAACCUGGGAUCCGGCCUGGGGAUUUUCGAGUCGGACCAGCUGUCCGGCCUCGCGCUCGCCGACGGCCAGUUCCACUCCCAUCAGACUGCACAGCCUGCGAAGGGCUUCAUGAGCAGCUACGGGAGCCAAUCGCAGCGGUCGGUGGUGGCCUCUGACCUUUUCUCGGGGUUACGGGAGGAUGAGUGUGCCGGGAGGAGCAGACGGUCUAGGCUCAGUGUCUUCGGAGAUCAGGGCUUAAUGUCUUUCCAAACGGCCAGGCAGGAGCCGGAGCAGAUGAACGAGUGCUCUAGUCCAGCUCUCACUGGUGUCCCCGCUAAGAGGAGGUAUAAACGCCGUGAGGUGGAACAGAUCCAGAAGGACGUCAGGAGGAUGCAUUCUUUGAACUUUGAUCAUGUGCAGAAGAUCCUGCGUGCCAAGCGUCUGCAGCGACAAGCCAAAACAGGAAAUAAUGUCAUCAAGCGGCGGCCCGGGCGGCCCCGAAAGCAGCCCCCGGAGGAGUCGCAGCCGGCCAGCAUGAGGGAGGAAGUCUGGGCCGACGCUCGAGGUCUGGAUGUUGCGGCCAGCAGGAAAGUCGACGGCAGGACUUUGGGGAUGCCCGUCCUGGAGAGGUGCGACAACCUGCCGGGUCGGCACAGCCUCAGGCCCAGCCUGGCCCUGGAGUCUCAGGAGCUCCCCGCUCAUGACUCCAUCGCAGCGACUAUCGAGACGGUGGUGCACCAGGCACGAUGCGUCCCUCCUCCUGGGAAUAAAGAGGGCAAACGCAGAGGCAGGGGCCACAGCAGGGACCAACUGUGGGCCCCUGGCAGUCAGUAGAUGCCCUGAACUGAAAGUAGAGCAGCUACCAGAAUCAGAGCUGCUUCAGGCCUAACAGAUGCAGUCCCCUUAAAGCGGGAACUCUUUGAUGCACUUUGACUUGUAUCUCCUCCUCUGGCAGUAACGGAGGAACGACAGCCUCCCUGCUUUUCAAACAUCCUCCGGACCUGUUUUCACAUCGGCACUCUACGGUACUCUACGAUACUGAAUCUGAUGCUAUAAAAGUGUGUGGUACUUAUGAUAGAGUAGGAUUUCAUGUGAUUCUUUAUGUAUCUGAUACAGUGACGUGUAUGGUACUUUGCGAUACAGUAUCUGAAUGUGGCUUUAGCCAUAUAUUUACCAGCAAAGGGGAAGUGGGUGGGGGUGGUUCAUAGAAAACUGUGCAGCUCUGCUUAUUUUUUUGCCUUUUCGUGGAAGCUUGUGAGACAUGCAGAAUAAUACAUCAGUAAUUAACCCUCCCUGACCUGUCUGGGAUGUUUUUUUUCCUCUUAUCAUUUCUUAAGGUUUCUCGCCCACUUUUCGAAGAAAUUCACACUUCCUGGCAGCUCAUCAUCUUCCCCGUUUAACCCCCAAUUCUCCUCAGAUUUGCUCCUACUGAUGUUUUCAGUCUGCAGUCCUUGAGCUUCCUUGUUUCAGUCUGUCUGUCAUGUAUUUCUCCCGUCUCGCUCAGGCCUCUCCUGGGCAGGGAAUCAAAGGCAAUACGGUGGAUAAAACUUGUCCCCCGACUGUACAUAGAACUAAAAGUCCACUGUUGCCUGCCUUGUAGGAUGGGAAAAAAAAAAACCAGCUCAUAGAUGUGUACUGGCUUCCAGUAUAAUAAAUAGAAUUGUAGAUAAUGAAAGUGUGUAUUGUUUUAUAACCAAAAACAGACAUGGGUGUGACUCAAGACAAGUAUGUUUUCAGACAGAAGAAUACCACGUAUAUUCAUUCAUACGCUCAUUAUUGUGUUUUUAUCCAGGGUUUGGGGCGGGGAGGGAGUGUUGGGUAAAAGAGGAAUGUCGGAUGUGUUUUUUGCUGAACUUUUAGAGUUUGUUAAAUGCACUAUGAAGAACCGUUCACUUGCAUCAAUCAAAAUGCAGCACUUACAUGCUUGUUCUAGCCUUAUGUGUUCUUUGCAUCCGCUGGGUUUGGGCGUCCGGUCCAGAGAGCAUGCGUUAUUUUUUUAAUCAAUUUAUAUAUGCAGGCCGCGCAGCCAAAAAAGCAUUUUGAACUGAAAACAACAAAAAACAAAACAAAUGAAGCCUGAGUGUAAGUCACAAUUGGACAGUUCAAUUAACACUCCCAUCCUCCCCUUUUAUGUUUCUACUUAAGCUGAUUUCAGUGAAUCCAGUGUUUUGACUUUGAAACCAAAGUCUCAGAACUCCGCGAGGACGUAGUAUUUGAAAGUAUUAAAGUUUGGCAAACUCUCCACCACAUUGGCAGCAAUGUAAAGCAUUCCUAUGUGCACUGUAGAAUGUAGCCAUGUUGGAUCUCGGUGUCAAUGAGCCUUUUGUUUCACUCCUUUUUCUUCUUUUUUUUUUUCUUUAUCAGUAUAUGGGACUUUGGAUCACAGUUGGAUUUUUCUCAGACAUAAACAACAGUUCAGUGUUUGUUUGGGAACGUUUCGUUUUUUUUUUUUGUUUGAUUUGUUUUGGGUCAGGUGGUAUUCUCAGUUGCAGCAGCUCAACUUGUGCCUUAUGUUUCCUUUCUAUCACGGACGGCAUUUGACUGAAGGAACAGAAAGUGGCAAGGAGUGCCCUCCCGAGAGCGACCCAAGCAUGUUCACAUAUCGACCCUCGUGUCUUACGUCAUCAGAACCCUGACGCUGCCUGUGUCCCCUCACAUCUCUCUGUCUCUGGACGCUCUCCUCGUUUUCUGAUCGUUUCAUUCUGACAGAGCUGGAAGGGUGAGACUCGCUGUAUUUAAUGCGCAUCAUGUUCUGACCUAGAAACCGCCGUGCAGCGGUGGCAGAAGAAGAAGAAAAAAAAAAAAACCCACUGAGUCAGAUCUGCUUCUGACCGGAGAUAUCGAUUCUUCUCGCUGUCUUUGAUGUGAAAUUGAACAUCACAUGCUCCUAACAAGUAAAAUAUCUGACAAAUAGAGGAACAGAAGCAGCUGUCAGGAGAAAAUAAAGUUUGCGUAUAUUGUUUGCUAUGCAUCUGGCCAUUUACACUGGCAAUGACCUUAAACAAAAUUCAUGCUCCGGGUCCACUUUGCGACAAAGAGAAACAAGUGGUCUUAUUUGCUGAAUAAAGUGAGUUUAUGUAAGGAGAAUUGUGAAUAAUACCAGUAAUAAUUAGUAAUAAUGACAAAGUUGUGCAGAAAGUGACUAUCAUUUCAAGAAAAUUAUACUUGCUGCCUCUCUAUGCAGUACAGCCUUAAAACUACAGUAUUGACGUAUUUGUUUGUAAAUAGUGUUUUUGUGUCCAUCGCGCAUGGAUAGCAACCAGAGACCUGCGCCAUUAACCCGCCAGAGCGCCAUCUGUCUCCACCAGCACACAAAUAAAGUACCUUGGUAUCAGGCAUGGGUCGGUUUCCGAGCUUCUAAGAAAUUACAGCUUCAAAAAGCAGCUGAAGGUUUUUCCUCGUCUUGAUUGUUAAGUUGACAGAGGACGGCUUCGUCACUUUUGCCCACAAGAAAAGUGAAAUCAGCACUUUCUUUCCAGGUGUGAAAAGCAAACAGCCAUGUAGCGGGAAGGAGCACGACCCAGCACUCUCGUUAAUAUGAUGAUGUUUUUAAACCACAGUGGGGAAGCUAGAAUAAGCCCUUCAAACCCCCUGUUUUUGGUCUAAGCUAUGUAUCAAAUUGAAAAUAGUAACUAUUUGCUAUAAAAUCCCAUAUUAAUGUUAUUUCAAAUGUAAUAUAUUAUUUUAAGUGCUUCUCUGUUCCGAUUUAAAGCAAUUAGGCCAUGCUACGGUGUUAUAAUUUACAUUUUUUUUGUUAUUAACCUGAUAUUUUUACUGAAUUAUCAUCAGAAUCUCGUACCGACCCAUGCCUACUUGGUACAAUCAUUAUUCCAGCUCAUUAAUUUACAAAGAAUGCUAAAAUAAUCUUCCUUACUUCCUUGUGAAAGCUCCUAAAGGUCCGACUGCAGUACACUGGACCAAAAAUAGGGAUCUCAGCUAACUUUUGGCUCCUUCCGCCUGCAGCCUGAAGGUGUGUUGCUGUAGCUUGAAGAAGGGUUGUGUGUUGGGGGAGUUCUCAAAGGAAAACACCAAAAAUACUCUCAACCUAAUGAUAUCAUGCUUAACCUUGCUUUAGUAGAGGACUUUCUGUGGGUCUGUGGUGGAGGUUAGCUGCGUACCGACGCCUCCGUGCUGCGGUGGGGUGGUGGUCUCUGAUGGUGGCGUUAAAGGCCCCGGGUAAUGUCUGUGCUGUCCUGUCUGUUUCGUCUCUUCCUCAACCAGCCGAUGCUCCGGUGCCUUUUAACACUGACAAGUAUUGUCCUAACCCAGAGCUUUCAGUCGACACGGAGACUUCAGAGGGGAUGUAGUUGUGAGUGGGAUUCAUGCUCUCCUGUUCGCAGCCCGUCUGGCUCAGUUGGUCAAACUUUUCACGUUUUGCUGCUUUAUAACCGUAAACUUCAGUGGAUGUUGUUGUAGGCUAAUGUUGGUGAGAUGAAAGGAAAAUGAUGCACGGUUUUCUUUUUUUUUUCUUUUUUUUUUUUACUAAAACAAAAGUCUGGAAAUUGUGGUUUUCAUUUGCAUUCAGCCCCUGAUAGUCAAUAAUUUGAAGAGCCACCUUGUGCUGCAGGUCUAUAUAGCUCAGCUCGUUUAUAGGUCUGGACUUUUACUAGGCCAUUCUACUACAAGAAUAUCCUCGGAUCUACCUUUCACUCUGUUUUUAGUCUUUGUCCUGCUGGAAUUGAACUUUUACUAUGUUUCCUGUCUCUGCUGGAGUGAAACGACCCCACAUCAUGAUGAUGCCACAACCGUAUCUCACCAUUAUGAAGAUACCGGUGAGAUUAAGAUACCCGUUGAAAAACGCGUCUUUGUUGAGUGUGUAUUCCUGCAAGUGUUACCAAAGGACUCUCAGCUGCUCCACAGCUAAUGCUCUCCUUGGCCAGCCUGCCAGUUUAGAUAGACGGUCAUGUCUUGGUAGGUUUUAGUCUUUCCAUUUCCAUAUGAUGAAUUUUAAAUGGAAUUGGUCUUCAUGAUGAUUGUUCACCAAUGUUUUCUAACAAACAUCUGAGGCCUUUAUAGAAAGUUUGGCUUCAUACUGACGAUAAGUGAAAUCUCUUUGCUCAGCAGUUUGCUUCCAAAUGUCGGCGGGGUCAUCUGAUUUUAUUUAAGAGUAUCAAACUUGAGGCGUGCUGCACUUUCAGGGUUUUUAUUUGGAAACUAUUUAGAAAACCAUGUGUCAUUUUCCUUCUGCUUCACAAAUAAGAGCUGCUUUGCGUUGCUCUGUCGCAUAAAAUCUCCAUAAAAUCGCAGUUUUAACAGGAUGAAAUGUGAAAGGGUACGAAUAGUUUUGUAAGGCACUGAAAUCAAGCUUGUAAGCAGCGUUUGAGCUUACAGUAAUAUUGCAUUAAAUGUACAAUUAGUCCACAGGGACAUCAUGUAGGACAAGACAAACUGGCAACUACGUUCUGGUCUUGUUCCCCUGAUCGCAUGCAGUGAUGGGAGUCUUACAGCUGGAGAGAGGGAGGAAAGGGGGUGGGGGGUCAUAUCAUAGAGUCAUAAAAGUUGUCAUCCUUCCAGCAUCUGUUUCCCAUUCGAAGCUAUAACGUUGUUCCGAACUGAGAGUGCAGACGAGGCACUGAGAAAACCAAUAAACGUACUUCUGUAGAGCACAAAGUGAGCUCUUCUAACAGCGUGGGCAUAUUUUAAUUUGUAUACAUUGUGUAUUUGAACCUUUUUCUAGAGUGGCUCUCCUUUAUUUGCAUGCUCAAUUUUGAUUGUAUGCAUAAAUAUUUUAGACAAGUUGAAUUUCAAUUGAAUUUGAACCAAGACUUGUACAUUGUUUGAUAUGUUUCUUUUUGUAAUGGAUUUUUUAAUUCAUGAGGCAUUUUUGUACAUUGUAUGAAUAUUAAAAACUGCAAAUAUUUGACAUAUAGAGUAAAUACUAGAUGCACAUGCAUAUGCAUAUAUUCCUCACAGUAUGUAUGUGUAAGCAUACACAUAUAUUUUGUAUUUGCAUUUGCCAGCAUACAGAUAUAUGUCUUAAGCACAUAUAUACCUGCAUUAUAUAUGUAUAUCCAUGUCUGCUGGCAUGCUUUUGGUCAUGUUUCUCUUUCAUGAUCUUGUAGGUUCUUUUUUUUAUUUUAUUUCCUCUUUCCUUAAAAAGAAAUGCUCAUUCUUUGCUACCCUUCUGUUGGCUGGCAGCCUUGAGCACUUAUUAAGAAGAACUACAGUUGAAGUUGUUCAUGUUAUCCAUUGUGUGAAAUAAUAAAUGACUUUAUUGACAGCU